UAAGAUUGACAGAGACAACUCGGAGCGUGAUUGACAACACAUAAAAUGUCAGAAGAUUUCACCGUCUUGAGAGAUUUACAAACACAUUUACGAACGGCUCAAGUGCCAUUUGAACAGCUUUCAACAUUAGCGCAACAGGGAGAUGAUCUGCACUGGACAUUGCCCAAGGGAGAUUAUCAGCUGGUGGAGAAAUUUCUAACAGAGAACAUACGUCUACAGGGAUCAGGACCUGAGGUUCUUCAGAGUCAGCUGUAUAUAUCAUGCUUUUGGGGAAUGAGAGAUAUUGUUCAGCAACUCUUAUCAAGAGGAGUUGAUGUUAACUUUAAAAACAAGGGAACCCUGUGGACCCCCCUUCAUGCUGCUACAUUUCAGGAACACGGACCUGUUGUCAUGGUGCUUUUAGAAAAUGGAGCCAAUCCAGAAAUUCCAGACUCAGAGGGCAGAACACCCAAGGACUUCGCCUCGGCUUCAGACAAAGUCUGGCCUCACUUUGCGGCCUUGGGAUUAGAAAGAACACCGAGAUGGGAGCUCAUUGAGAAAAGUGUCAUUAAAAAGGCUCCAGGAGGUCCAGCUGUAUAUGACAGUCAGCCCAGAAGAAGUAUUAGAAUGGCUUCGGACAGUCGCCCCGAGUCAGCGUACGCUUACAACAGUGACCCGUUCAUCCACGCGGCAGUGACGGGCGAUGUCCUAGCGGACCAGGAAGAGGCUACCUCUAACUCAAAGGACCAACCACAGUUCUCCAUGUGGAGGUGAUAAUCAUAGAUAUCUUAUAGUGAACUUUGACCUAAUGAUAUGAUCAGCUGCAGUUUUCUAUACUGAGGUGAUAUUAAUAGUUAUCUUAUUGUGAACUUUGACCUUAUGAUAUGUUCAGCUCAAGUUCUCCAUAUUGAGGUGAUAAAAUACAAUGUAGUUAUCUUAUCAUGAAUUUUGACCUUAUGAUAUGACCAA